UUUUUGCCCUCGCCGGGCUAAGCCGCACACUCAUAGAGCGUCUCUGUUCUGGCAGUUCAAGUUUGUACGCGCGGCUGGUCAGCGUUUUAUAUUAUAAUAGCAUGUGGGCUGGUCGCUACUCGUAGUUAUGACUUUUAUUUUGGCGCGUGGAAAAUAAGCAUUGGUAAUUAAAUUAAAUGAUACAAUCGUGAAGAAUCACUGAAGUGUCCAAAGUUCAAUGAAGUGAAAUUCCGAAAAAAAAAUUAUCAUUCCUCCACUGCUGUGGUUGCUAUCAACAAUACAUACAAAUACAUUUGUGUGACUUUAAAUAAAUAAUUAGUACAAACAACCGUAGAAAUAUUCUAACAUUACAAGUUCACAACUGCCGCCUACCAAGGAUAAAGGCGGACGAUAGCCAACAACCAACCAACCUACAUUUAAAACAAAAACUUGGCGCUGGGGACAGCAGUCAAUCAACCAUGUUUGGCAUUAAAUAUUUAACCGAAGCCCAUUUGAAGGGUUUCGAUCGAUACAAGUACAACAGCAUCGACACUGGCUUCAUCAGCGUCUACAUAAUGCAUCCAUUCUGGAAUUGGUGUGUACAGUUCCUCCCGAAAUGGUUAGCACCGAAUCUCAUCACAUUCACCGGCUUCCUGUUGACCGUGGUCAAUUUCAUUUUAAUUGCAUAUUACGAUUGGGACUUUCAGGGAGCGAACCAUGCAGAGCACCCGGUGCCGAGUUGGGUUUGGUCAGUGGCGGCUAUUAAUAUUUUACUUUACUACAAUUUGGAUGGCAUGGACGGCAAGCAGGCACGUCGCACUGGCACCAGCGGUCCACUGGGUGAGCUCUUCGACCAUGGACUGGAUUCCUACUCGGCCGCGCUCAUACCGAUUUACAUGUUCUCGCUGUUCGGCACCAACGAUUUGCCGCCGAUUCAUAUGUUUUUCGUUAUUUGGAAUGUUUUUCUUAAUUUUUAUUUGACACACGUCGAAAAGUACAACACCGGUGUGAUGUUCUUGCCGUGGGGCUAUGAUUGCACGAUGUGGGGCGUCAGCAUAAUACUCUUCCUCACCACACUCGCCGGUCCGGAUAUUUGGCAUGCGCGUCCUUUUUUCAAUAUCAGCAUGGCGACAUUAUUUGAGGUUACCCUGAUUGGUUCGGCUAUGAUGAGCAGCCAUCCGAUUAUCAUUAAAAAUAUAUAUUUAUCAUAUAAAAAUAAAACUGGUAAAAUGCGUCCCUUUAUGGAGGCAGCACGUCCACUCUUCCCCUUUUUGUGGCUUUUUGCAAUCACAACAUUUUGGUGUUUCUACUCGCGUAAUAGCAUCGUUGAUUUGACGCCGCGAACGCUCUUCAUACUGCUCGGAACGUUAUUUUCCAAUAUAGCGUGUCGUCUGAUUGUGGCGCAAAUGUCCGAUGUACGUUGUGAUGGCUUUAAUCUGCUCAUUUGGCCGCUGCUGGCCACAGUUGCGGUCUGCUGCUUCCCCUGGUAUAAAGAGGUGUUUGGCAGCGAAAUUAGCCCCGAAAUGGAAUGUUGGAUUGUGCAGGCGUUGACGAUAUUUGUGACUGUAGCGCAUUUGCAUUACGGACAAGGCGUGGUUUGCGAGAUGUGCGAUCACUUCCGUAUACGUUGCUUCAAAGUAAGAGAAACUACUACUAAACAAGAAACGCUUAUAAAUAAUUUGCCAGAACAUAUAUCUACGGUAGGCAACUCACAUAAUUCUGCAUCAUUAACCGAAUCAUUACUGAGUAAACGUUUGACUAACAAUGAAAAUGGGUCAAUUUUAAAAAAUAAAUUGUCGUAAUUUGAAGAAAUAUAAUAUAAAAAAAAAACAAUAUUUUGUUAACAUAACAAAUGAAUUAACUGUGCGAAUUUAAGCCCAAAGAUAGGCGUUGUAAUUUAGAGCUUAAUAAUAUAAACACAAUCGCCGUUAUUGCGUUGUGGAGUAUUUCGAAACUGAUUUAUUUCAUAUAACAUACAAUUCUUAACAUUUUCUACGAAAUAUGCGACUAAAUGCAUGUUAUGCAAAUAUUUUAACACAAUAUAGGUGAAUUUGAACUGAAAUUCUAAAAAACAUAGUCUACAUUUUAGGGCCGAGGAAAAUAAAAUUAGAUUUGAAAAGAAUUUUUUUCAGAAUGAUUUUGUGCUAUAUUAUUAUUGUCGGUUUCAAUGUAUUUUACAAUGAUUCUAUAUAUAUAUAUUUAUAUAUCUAUUACAUAAUGGUUAAUAUGUUCUCAACUUUUAUAUAAAAGAUUUUGCAAAACUGAAAUGCGAGUAAUUUAAAUUAUUUCUUACAAAUGUAAAUCAUUAAAACAAAAUUAUUUAAUUUUAUAAUUCAUAUGAAUAAUAUAUUGAGCAAGUAAUUAAUACCUUUGUGGCUGUAUUAAAAAUUAAAACAAAAACAACGAUUUCAAACACACAAAAAAAAUUAAAUGAAAAUAAAAAAAAUUAAAAACUAGUAAUAAUCUAAGCUAUAAUAAGCGUAUAUAAGUUAAUUAUAAUUUAAAAAAAAUUGUAAUUAUAAUGUAAGUAAAUUUGUAAUAAAUACAUGCAAAUAAUUCAAAGCAUACAUUUAGGCACAAAAACAACGAAAUUAUUUGGGCGUUAAACUAUUUGUGAUUUUCAGGAAUUUAUAUUAUUUCCUAGUCAUUAUUACUACACCCGCUUACACACAUAUUUAUAUUUAUAUAUACAUACAUACAUAUAUGGG